AUGGAAACUAAAAAUGCAACAGAGCUGGAAGAGUUUGUUCUCACAGGACUCACAUAUCAACCAGAGUGGCAGAUUCCCUUGUUCCUGGUGUUCUUGGUUAUAUAUCUCAUCACCAUUGUGGGGAACCUUGGUCUGAUUGCUGUCAUCCGCAAUGACCCUCACCUUCACAUCCCCAUGUACUUAUUUCUUGGCAGUUUGGCAUUUGUGGAUGCUUGGUUAUCAUCCACAGUAUCCCCCAAGAUGCUGGCCAAUUUCUUUGCUAAGAGCAAGAUGAUCUCUCUCUCUGGAUGCAUGAUACAAUUUUUUUCCUUUGUAAUCAGUGCAACCACAGAAUGUUUUCUGCUGGCAACAAUGGCAUAUGAUCGGUAUGUGGCCAUAUGCAAACCGUUACUUUAUCCAGUGAUUAUGUCCAAUAUGCUAUGCAUCCGGCUAAUACUUUUGUCAUUUUUAGGUGGCUUUCUUCAUGCUAUAAUUCAUACUUCUUUUUUAUUCAGAUUAACCUUCUGCAAUUCCAUCAUAGUACAUCACUUUUACUGUGACGUUAUACCGUUACUUAAGAUUUCGUGUACUGAUCCUUCUAUUAAUUAUCUGAUAGUAUUUAUUUUCUCUGGGUCAAUACAAGUAUUUACCAUUUUGACUGUUCUUGUGUCUUACACCCUUGUUCUCUUUACAAUCUUAAAAAAGAAGUCUCUACAAGGUAUAAGAAAAGCCUUCUCCACCUGUGGAGCCCACCUCUUAUCUGUCUCUCUGUACUAUGGCCCCCUUCUCUUCAUGUAUGUGCGCCCUGGAUCUGCAGAGGCAGAUGAUCAAGAUAUGAUGGGUUCUGUGUUCUACAGUGUCAUAAUUCCUUUCUUAAAUCCAGUUAUAUAUAGCCUGAGGAAUAAGAAAGUCAUAGAUUCACUGAGAAAAAUAUUAAAGAGAAAUGUUUAG